UGCCUUUCCACGGCAGCUCCUCAGGCUCGGCCCUCAGCUUGAGUUGGACCUUUAUUGCUCCGCGGGGCCGUUCGCCGCUGAGUGCAAACAGCGGAGCGAGGAGGAGAGCAGUUGCUGGCAUGGGCUCUGUAGACCCCGCCCUGGUGGAGCCAUGAUGGAGCUUGGCGGCGAUGAGAGAAGAGUAGACAGUAGGACUAUCUACGUUGGUCAUCGGUCAUCUUCCCCCGGUGAGGCGAUCAUCCCACUCAAGUUCUGCGAUAACAGGAUAGUGUCUUCCAAGUAUACGGUUUGGAACUUUCUACCAAAGAACCUGUUUGAGCAGUUUAGAAGAAUUGCCAAUUUCUACUUCCUCAUCAUUUUCCUGGUGCAGGUGAUAGUGGACACCCCCACCAGCCCAGUCACCAGUGGCCUACCCCUAUUUUUUGUGAUCACAGUAACCGCUAUCAAGCAGGGCUAUGAAGACUGGCUGCGGCACAAAGCGGACAAUGAGGUGAACAAGUACCCAGUGACAGUGCUGGAGCAAGGCGAGAGGACACGGAAGGAUAGUGAGAAGAUCAAGGUUGGAGAUGUUGUGGAGGUGGAGGAAGAUGAGACCUUUCCCUGUGAUUUAAUACUGCUGCAGUCCAGCCGUGAUGACGACACGUGUUACGUAACCACAGCAAGUCUGGAUGGGGAGUCCAACCACAAAACACAUUACACAGUGUCAGACACAGAGAAGGAUCUGGAAACUCUCAACGCCACCAUCGAGUGUGAACAGCCACAGCCUGACCUUUACAAGUUUGUUGGCCGAAUGCACAUCUACAAAAACAACCAGGAGCCGGUCGUGAGGUCUUUGGGCCCAGAAAACCUGCUGCUGAAAGGGGCGACUUUAAAGAACACUCAGAGAAUUUAUGGUGUUGCCCUUUACACUGGCAUGGAGACAAAGAUGGCUCUCAACUACCAGGGAAAGUCUCAGAAACGCUCUGCUGUGGAAAAGUCAAUCAAUGCCUUCCUACUGGUUUACCUUUGCAUAUUAGUGAGCAAGGCCCUAGUGUGCACCACACUUAAGUAUGUGUGGCAGAGCAAGCCAGGACAGGAUGAGCCUUGGUACAACGAGAAAACCCAGAGAGAGAAGGAAACCAAUCUGUACCUAAAGAUGUUCACCGACUUCUUGUCCUUCAUGGUGCUCUUCAACUUCAUCAUUCCCGUAUCCAUGUAUGUGACGGUUGAGAUGCAAAAGUUUUUGGGAUCCUUUUUCAUCACAUGGGACAAAGACUUCUUCGAUCCGGAAAUCAAGGAGGGAGCACUGGUCAACACUUCUGACCUCAAUGAGGAGCUGGGACAGGUGGAGUACGUCUUUACAGACAAGACGGGCACCCUCACUCAGAACAACAUGGAGUUCAUCGAGUGCUGCAUCGAUGGCUUCCAGUACAAGUACCGGGACGCCAGCUCAGAGUUGGACGGGUUCUGUGUCACAGAUGGACCUGUGAACAAAGUGCAGGAGAAAGCUGGCAGGGCGAAGGAGGAGCUGUUUCUGCGGGCCCUGUGUCUGUGCCACACAGUCCAGGUGAAGGAGCCCACAGAGCAGGGCGGAGGCCCAGCGGACGGACUGAUGGAUCAGGUGGACGCCGGGGUGCCCCAUCCACCGCAGGAGCAGAGAGGCUUCAUUGCCUCCUCACCUGAUGAGGUUGCGCUAGUCAAGGGUGCCAUGAGGUAUGGCUUCACAUUUCUGGGACUGGAAAGUAGAAACAUGAAAAUUCUCAACAGGAAUAACGAUGUUGAAAUGUAUGAACUGCUUCACGUGUUGAACUUUGACCCGGUGAGAAGGCGAAUGAGUGUAAUAGUCAGAUCCAAAUCAGGUGAUACAUUGCUCUUCUGCAAGGGAGCCGACUCCUCCAUCUUUCCUCGCGUCCGACGGGAGGAGGUCGAAAGGAUACGCAUGCAUGUGGAGCGCAACGCCACAGAGGGCUACCGGACACUGUGCGUGGCCUACAAACAUCUCAGUGCAGAGGAGUACGCCCAGGCAGAUGCAGGACUGAGGGAAGCCAGACUGGCUCUGCAGGAAAGAGAGGAGAAGCUCAUGGCUGUUUACAACCAAGUGGAGACUGGCAUGAGUCUAAUAGGAGCCACUGCUGUAGAAGAUCGGCUUCAAGAGGAGGCUGCAGAGACCAUGGAGGCUCUGCAGGGUGCAGGCAUUAAGGUCUGGGUCCUAACGGGGGACAAGAUGGAGACGGCAAAGUCCACGUGCUAUGCUUGUCGAUUGUUCCAGAGAAAUACGGAGCUGUUAGAGCUUACUGUGCGUACUCUGGAGGAUGGAGUGAGGAAGCGGGAGGAACGACUUCAUGAGCUCUUGCUCGAAUACUACAAGAAAGCUGUGCAGGAUGCACCACCGUUGAAGGCAGGCGUCACCAGGACCUGGUCUUCAGCAAACCAGGACUACGGUUUUAUCAUAGACGGAGCCACUCUAUCGAUGGUGCUCAACUCCUCCUCGGAAUCCAACUCGAAUCGCUACAAGAGCCUGUUCCUGCAGAUCUGUCAAAACUGCACGUCCGUGCUCUGCUGCCGCAUGGCCCCUCUGCAGAAGGCCCAGAUUGUUAAGAUGGUGAAGAACUCUAAAGGCAGCCCCAUCACUCUUUCCAUUGGAGAUGGGGCCAAUGACGUCAGCAUGAUUUUGGAAGCCCAUGUUGGCAUUGGUAUCAAGGGGAAAGAGGGUCGUCAGGCAGUGAGGAACAGUGACUACGCCAUUCCCAAACUCAAGCACCUCAAGAAACUUUUAUUGGCUCAUGGGCAUCUCUACUAUGUACGCAUUGCACACCUGGUGCAAUAUUUCUUUUACAAGAAUCUUUGCUUCAUCUUACCUCAGUUUUUGUACCAGUUCUUCUGCGGCUAUUCCCAGCAACCCCUGUAUGACGCGGCCUAUCUGACGAUGUACAACAUCUGCUUCACCUCUAUGCCCAUCCUGGCUUACAGUCUCCUGGAGCAGCACAUCUGCAUUGAGGUUCUGCUGGACAAUGCUGCCCUCUACAGAGAGAUAGCUAAGAACGGCAUGCUGCGGUGGAGACCGUUCCUCUACUGGACUUUACUGGGAGUGUUCCACGGCUUGCUCUUCUUCUUUGGUGUUCGGUAUUUGUUCAGUAACCCAGCACUGCAGGAUAAUGGCCAGGUUUUUGGCAACUGGUCCUAUGGAACAAUUGUCUUCACCGUCCUCGUCUUCACAGUCACCCUGAAGCUCGCGUUGGACACCCGGCACUGGACAUGGAUCAACCACUUUGUAAUCUGGGGCUCCCUGCUUUUCUACGUCUUUUUCAGCUUUUUCUGGGGAGGAAUAAUAUGGCCCUUCCUCAAGCAGCAGCGUUUGUACUUUGUGUUCGCCAACAUGCUGAGCUCCGUGUCGGCCUGGCUGGUCAUCAUCUUGCUCAUCCUGCUCAGCCUCCUGCCAGAGAUCCUGCUUGUGGUAUUCCGCAAGCCACGCGGGCCCAACUCUCGACAGAAGAAGCCGGUUCAUUCGAACGUGGGGGGCCACCAGUCUCCCCCGUCCUCAGCGCGGCCCCUGCUCGUGAGAACCUUUUCAGAUGAGUCCAAUACUGUCAUUUAAACCAGCAUUCAAGGGACGUUCUCCUACAAACAUCCAGACCGCAGCUGUCACACCACUCUCCUAUAAGCACCUGAAGGAGGGCCAGUGAAGGGCAGCAAGGGCCGUGCCCCGUCCCCUGCAGGUCCGCUGUCAUGUCCGGUCUUAAAUGAUGAUGAUGAAGAAGAAGAAAAGGAGGAUAAAUUAACUGGGGGAAAGGAUGCGAGGGGUUUAGCAGUCUUUUGACCUGCGUCUCUCUGUCUCUCUCUGCCCAAAGCCAACAGCGUGUAACCCUCCAACGCAUGCCUGCAGAGCAGCGCCCUGCAUUAUUCAAAAGGAGUAUCUGCUUACAUGACAAGCAUGAGUUUGGUUUUUCUUUUCUUUCUUUUUUUAUAUAUAUAUACUAGCAUACAAACGAAUGCAAACAUGGCUGCCUUGUCAGUAGCUCUAUUCUACUGCUGUGUUGUAACAAGCAGUUGGAAUAAUGUCCACUUUGAGAAUGGUUCCCCCGCAUGAAAGGAGGCCCAAAGCAAUGCUUCACUCCACUAAAGUUCUGCAAAGUUUCUUUUUUUUAAAAUAUAUAUAUAUCUCAUUCUCUCCAGUGGUUCCACUUGAAAUGGUUGUUUUACUUUAUGCCUAUUGUGCUUUUCAACAGUUGUUCUUUAAAUGGUUAUAUAUUUCAGUACUUGCACUCAUGUACGGGUCUAAAUUCUUUAUGGGAAAAAAGCUAUUGAAGGUGAUUUCAGACUGUUUAUAGAGGAUUAUUUGUUUCCGAUGAUAAAUCUGCGUUCCCCUUUGAACGCAGAGCUAUUAGAGGAGCUUACAGAGGCCAUGUUCACCACUCGAUCCAAAGUUUUGUGUGAGUGUGCUGAUGCGCACGAUUGAGAGAUAGAUUAGAGAUGACAAGCAAUAAGACAUUGCUCAGCGCGAGACCUAAAUCGCCCAACCUCAGAGAUAAUUUAAAAGUUAAUUUAAGAUGAGUAUUAAUAUAUGUGCUGUACUGUGUUUAUUUAGCUUAGAUAUGUAUAAGAGCAUCUGCUCAAAGCCAAAAAGAUGAGCGUAAUGCGAUCAGAUUCUUUUCACACUAGUGUGACCUAAAAGUGAGGUAUGUGUGAGAGCGAGAACAGCUAGAAACGCCCAUGUGUCAAGAAAAAACGAAUAAACAGAUCACUUGAACCUAAAAGUCCCGAACCAAAAGUGCUUAGAUGGUUACUGAGUCACACAAACUCACACACACAUCGCACACAACACGUACACACUAACGCGUACCUGCACUAAAGCCUGAAUGAGGUAUAUAUGUUCAUUAUCUAGUUUGACACCAUUUAUCUCAGGCUGGAGUGUAAUGACCCCCCCUCAGUCCUGCAGAGUCUACAUCGUUAACACCACUCCGGUCUCCCGUCUCCUUGUGGUCGCGUUUUGUGACCAACGGGACGACAGGUGAACCCUUUUGUUCCUUCCUUUAUCUUCUUGUGUGCUUCAUACAUUCCAUUUAAACACGCCAUGAUUUCCAACACUUUUAAAUACUGUUUUCUGAUUAUUCGCUUUUUGUUAAUUCCACAAACCUGUACUGUGUAUUUGACAUAUUUAUUGUGUACUUUUACUCACAAAUGUUCUACUUUUAUUACAGCUUUUUUUUUGUAUAGUGAAGCUCGGUCAGCUUUGUGCUAGUUGACUCGGCGUGUUACUCCAGCCCCCUUUUGUCAUACAUGCACCCCCCCCCCCCCCCUCCACGCCCCCCCCCCCCCACCACCGCACACUUCCCAGUGUCCCACCAAUGAACCAGUGCCCGUCCUUUUACCAGAUAUUCGCAACUCUUGGUUUAAACCUACGAGCCUGACAUCUGCUGGCUGUCAUGGCGCCGGUUGCAAGUUCAUCUUAAUUUGUUCUUUUAUGGAACGAUUGAGGAGCUUUUAGGCGUCGUUUUGUUUUCUGGUUUUUUAUGUAAGGGGGACAUGAAAAAGGCUGCUCCUUACUCCAGGCUUUGCUUUAUCGGACGUAAGAGGAGAGAACACACGGGGGCUGUCUGCUUUGUUACACAUUAUUACAACCUUAUGAAACCUUUAAGUGACAUCAGAGAUGCUAUUUUCAGAGCUUAGAAAUAUCUUGUAAUCUAAUGUAUUGCCUGUCUAAAUGAAAAGUAUAAAAAGAACGGAUUGUAUUUUUAAUGCAACCUUUUUCCAGCCACUUUUGUAAUAAAACGUCCCUAAAAAUGAAAAAUACAAAGAAGCACGAGAGGCUCUGUGGUUGUGGACACCUUCAGGCACCUGGGACGCCUCGACCCUCCAGACCUCCACGCUGAAUGUACCUCUUUGAAACCCGGAUUUUGUUCAAAAACCCUGAAGUUUGUCUGAAAUAAAGCAGAAUGUUUUGAAGUUAAA